AUGCACAGCCUUCAUGCCAGCCUCGCUCUGUACUCCGCGCUCGCUAACGCCCCCUGCUGGAUGCUCAGCGAAGCGAGAGAAGGUGACAGAAGAAGCCAAACAAAGCGAAAAGCGUCUUCCCGUCCGUCCUGUGCCCGAUCCGUCCCUGGCAGCCUCCGAUCUCCGGGAACCGGGAGGGAAGAGUCACCACUCCGCCAAACCUUCCUAUCGUCCUCGGGGGGAAGACAAGGACAACCACCCGGAGCCAAGAUGGUGAAAGCGAAAAAAUCCCCGGCGAAGCGGGCACCCGCGGAGCGGCACACGAGGGCAUCGGGGAAGCUGGAGGCGCCCAAACCGGCGGCGAGGGCCCCGGAGCCCAAGAAGAGCAAAGCCAAGAAGGCGGCGAUAAAGAGACAGGUGGAGGAGGAGGAGGUGAAGGAGGACGAUGUGCUGGAGAUGGGCGCACAGACCGAACGAUGGAUCAACUUUAUCCGACAGCACAGUGUGAGCCCCGAGGAGGCGGCCAAACUUCUACUCGACUCCUAUGAGUACAAAGGCCUGGUGAAGCACAGCGGAGGAUGUCACUGCGGAGCCGUGCGAUUCGAGGUUUGGGCAACGGCUGACAUUCACGUCUUUGACUGCAAUUGCAGCAUAUGUGCAAAGAAGCAAAACAGGCAUUUCAUUGUACCUGCAUCACGUUUUAAGUUACUGAAGGGUGCUAAUAAUCUCACCACUUACACCUUCAACACCAAAAAAGCACAACAUACAUUCUGCAAAACGUGUGGAGUCCAGAGCUUCUACACACCUCGCUCCAACCCUGAUGGCUACGGUGUAGCAGCACAUUGCCUGGAUGAAGGGACAGUCCGUAACAUCCAUGUGGAACAGAUCAAUGGGAAGGAAUGGGAGAAGGCUAUGAAAGAACACAAGACCAUUCGCAACAUGUCAAAGUCUUGAGAAUGUUCUGUACAUCUGUUUUAUUUCUGUAUGUUUCUGCGUUUCCGUCCAUUACUAGUUUUAUACACCUUCUGCCUUUGUGGCACGUCUCCUUCAGUUAACUGAAAUAAAUCUUUUCUAUACACUCAUUAA